UUUACGACCCGUUCUUGGGAAAUACAAUUUGAUAUUCGAUCAAAAUCAAUCCAGUUUUCUUUAUUUGUAGGCCUAACCAAUAUCUUUAUCUCCAAUGCGCAUGGUGUGCAUUGAAUGAUCAAGCCUUAUCAGCAUAGCAUUUCAUUUUCUAUUUGUAAUAUGGUUACAUGAUAUGUACUUGUAAUAAUGUCACUUUAUAUGUAUUUUUGUAAUACCGUUCACUCUGUAAAACAAUCAUUUUAUCUUUGUCAUCCAUUUUAUCCAUCUUUUUGGUCUUUGACUGUGAUGAUGGAAAUUAGUUUUUCAAUUCAAUUUUCCAUUCAAAUUUGAUUAAAUAUCUCAGUCAUUUAAUUGUAUGUGUUUUCUUUGCUCUGCUUUCAUUACGUAGAUGAAUAUUGACUUCGAGCAUCCGAGCAUGUACGGGGCUAUCCGACACAGAUGUGUUUGCCUCACAAAGACCGUAGGACGCGAGAGAUGUAAGCGCAAAACACGACACGCUACUAAAACAUGUUGGCAACACAAGGCGGAACUAACAUAUGAAGAGUUAGUCAAUCUAUACCUAAACCGACCUACUAAGUGUUCGUCAGUAACGCGUCAAGGCCGUUUAUGCAGCCGAGAUUCCCGAUUUCCAGGCGUCGCUCCUAAGUGUACUCAGCAUCAUAACAUGACCCUGUACUUACAAGAGGAAGAAGCUGAGUUGGCGGCGCUUGAGGCGCUGGCGGCGCUGGAUGCCGAGGCCGUUGAAGAGGUGCUUGAGGCUGAGGCAGAGGAGGUGCUGGGGGCUGAGGAGUUCGAGGAGAUCGAGUUCGAGGAGAUCGAGUUCGAGGAGAUCGAGGUUCAGCGGAUGGAUGGAGAGCAAGAAGGAGAGUGGGGGCACCCCAACGAUGACUGGAGACUUCAUUGGACGGCUAGCGAUGCGACUGAGGAUGAGGAGGAGGAGGAGGUGAAUGUGGAGGAGUUUCAGAUGAUCGAGGUUAUGCAGAGGGAUGAGGAAGGAGAAUGGGGACAGCAAGACGAUGACUGGAGACUUCAUUGGACGGCUAGCGAUGCGACUGAGGAUGAGGAGGAGGAGGAGGUGAAUGUGGAGGAGUUUCAGAUGAUCGAGGUUAUGCAGAGGGAUGAGGAAGGAGAAUGGGGACAGCAAGACGAUGACUGGAGACUUCAUUGGACAGCUGACGAGGAGGGAGGAGGAGGAGGAGGAGGAGGAGGAGGAGGAGAGGGUAGAGUAAGGGUAGAGGGAGGUAUGGCGGUGGGGGAACAGGGGUAG